AGUCACAAAAUUUUCGCUCAUUGUUAAGAUCGCAGAAAAAUAAAAUCACUUUUCAUCUGGAAUUCAAGCUAUUCAGUCGUGAAAUUAAAGUGCUCCGAGUACAUAAGUUUAUAACAUAUAAAUUAAAGUUAAAUAUUGAAAGAAAUUUGUAAGAAUAAAAACAAAUAAGUGAAAUUAUCAAUUCAGUGUGGCAAAUUAUUGAACUUUAAAUAUUUUAGUCAGAAUGGCCACAAAGAAGCUGAACACAAUUGCUUUCGAUGAUGAUGAUGUGGAAAUGGAUUCAAAUGAAGAAAGUGACGUGUCAGAUUUUGACGAUGAUUUAGAUCCAGACAACAUUGAAGUGCCAGGCGGUGGCAAAGAUCUCGAAACGGCAGCAGCCUUCGCUGAAAAGAAGAAUAAAGCAACAACAAGUGGAAUAAUUCCAGUUAAAGUGACUGCACCUCUAGUGACCUCAACGACGACAUCAAUAACAAGACCAACGAUCAUUCUUAAAAAUGCCAGCAAUCUUACACCGAUUGAUGGAAAGCAAAUUCGAUUUUUCCCUCCAAAAGUUAAUACAGCAAAUAAUCGAGUUCCACCUGGAGCUGGAAAUGCUUCAACUGGGCCAGCUCCACUCUAUGGAAUUGGAGCUGGUAGUGGAACAUUCUUUCCCGGUAGUUUAGCGUCAAUGAUACAGCAAAUGGAAAGAGCUGGCGGAAUCAACAAUUUCUCGCCAAUGAUUGGAAACAAUGCUAGUCAAUUGGUUAAGAAUCUUCAACAAUUAAUAGCAGCAAAUCCUGCUUACCUAACAAGUGGCAUACCGACACAUUUAAUACAACAAAUGUGGAAGAAAGAACCGGAACCGACAAAUGUGAUGCCAAAGUUAAAUCAAAUUGAGGAAGAAGAAGGAGAAGAUGAAGAGAUGGGAGUCGCUGAAACUUAUGCUGAUUAUUGGCCAGCAAAACUGAAAAUAGGAAAGAAACAUCCAGACCCAGUUGUUGAAACAGCAUCACUGUCAUCAGUUGAACCAUCAAAUAUCCACUACAAACUAAGCAUUCCAUCUGACUGUAUUGAACAAGGCAUGUUAAGUGCAUUGCAACUUGAAGCAAUCACUUAUACGUGUCAAGCUCAUGAAUGCAUGUUGGAAGAUGGUUCUCGUGCUGGUUUCUUAGUUGGUGAUGGUGCUGGUGUUGGCAAAGGUCGAACAAUUGCUGGAAUCAUUUACGAAAAUUAUUUGAAAGGACGAAAGAGAGCGUUAUGGAUCUCAGUGAGUAAUGACUUGAAAUAUGACGCACAACGUGAUUUACGUGACAUUGGAGCUGGCAAGAUUCAAGUUCAUGCUCUAAACAAGUUCAAAUAUGCAAAAAUUAAUUCGACAACAAAUGGAAACAUCAAAAAAGGAAUCGUAUUUAGCACAUAUUCAGCGAUGAUUGGAGAGUCAAAUAAUCGUGAUGCUGGCAAAUACAAAUCGCGUCUAAAGCAAUUGCUUCAAUGGUGCGGAGAAGACUUUGACGGUGUUAUUGUGUUCGAUGAAUGUCAUAAAGCAAAAAAUUUGUGUCCGACUGGUAGCAGCAAACCAACAAAAACGGGUUUAACAGCUCUUGAACUUCAAAAUAAGUUACCGAAAGCUCGCGUUGUUUAUGCAUCAGCAACUGGAGCUUCGGAACCUCGCAAUAUGGCUUACAUGGUUCGCUUAGGAAUUUGGGGAAAAGGGACGCCGUUUCCAACAUUCCUUGACUUUAUCACAGCUGUUGAAAAGCGCGGUGUUGGUGCAAUGGAAUUGGUAGCUAUGGAUAUGAAACUUCGUGGUGGUUACAUCGCCAGACAGCUCAGCUUCCAAGGUGUCGCAUUUAAAAUUGAUGAAGUUCAAUUGUCAAAGGAUUUCAAACAAAUGUAUGAUGAUUCAGUGGAGCUUUGGGUUGAAGCAAUGCACAAAUUCACAGAAGCUGCUGAAUUAAUUUCAGCCGAGUCACGAAUGAAGAAGACAAUGUGGGGACAAUUCUGGUCAGCACAUCAAAGAUUUUUUAAAUAUCUUUGUAUUGCAUCAAAAGUUCAGCAUGCUGUGACAGUUGCACGUGAAGCUAUAAAAUACGGAAAAUGUGUUGUCAUUGGCUUACAAUCAACUGGUGAAGCUCGAACAUUGGAACAAUUGGAACGUGACGAUGGAGAAUUAACAGACUUUGUGUCAACAGCUAAAGGCGUCAUUCAAUCUUUAGUUGAAAAACAUUUUCCAGCACCUGAUCGUAAUCGAAUCAAUCGAUUACUAGGAUGGGAUAAUAAUUCUGGAAAAACAAUGCUCGAAAGAAUUCUUGAAGAAAGUGAUGGAAAAAAGACAACAACAAGUGGUCAAAAACGUAAAACAUUUGAUUUAAGUAACUUGCCUCAAAAACGAGUCAAACGAUCUCAACUUGAGAUGUCAGAUGAUGAUGCUGAUGAUUUUAAAAAUGGUUCAGACUUUGCAGCCAGUGGCAAUGAAAGUAGCAGUGAUGAUGAUGACGACGACGAUGAUGAUGUAAUGUCAGAUGCAUCAGAAGAAAACUCCGAUUACAAUCCGUUUGGGAACUCUUCUGACUCAGAAUCUGAUCCAUGGGUUAGUAAACAAAAGUCAAAGAAAUUUAAAAAAGAGAAAAAAGAAAAGAAAACAAAAAAGAAGAAGGACAAAGAAACAAAUGGAAAUAAUUCAUCAACAGCUGAUAUUGUCGCUCAAGCAUUGAUGAAAUCGAAGAAAAGUCAACCAAAUGAGAUAAUAAAUAUAAGUAAACCAACACAAGAUCCAACAACUGGAAUUGUUAAAAUAUCUGUGCUUGGCAUGUCAGCAGAUAUCGCACCAAUUCAUAUUAAAACAGCUGAUCAAUCACCGCCAAAAGACAACAUUGAAAGAGCUUGCGAAAUGAAGGAAGAAUUAUUGAGAAAGAUUGAAAAGCUUGGAGAUAAAUUGCCACCGAAUACUUUGGAUCAAUUGAUUGAUGAACUUGGUGGACCUGAGAAUGUCGCUGAAAUGACGGGGCGUAAAGGACGCGUCGUUCAAAACGAAGACGGUUCCAUUCAGUAUGAGUCACGAUCCGAGCAAGACGUUCCUUUGGAGACAUUAAAUUUAACUGAGAAACAACGAUUCAUGGAUGGAGAGAAAGAUGUUGCCAUCAUUUCCGAAGCAGCAUCGUCAGGUAUUUCAUUACAAAGUGACCGACGUGUUCGAAAUCAAAGACGUCGUGUUCACAUCACUUUGGAAUUGCCUUGGUCAGCUGAUCGUGCAAUUCAACAGUUCGGACGAACACAUCGUUCUAAUCAAGUCAGCGCACCUGAAUAUAUUUUCCUAAUUUCUGAUCUCGCUGGUGAAAGACGAUUCGCUUCAACAGUUGCAAAACGUUUGGAGAGUUUGGGUGCAUUAACACAUGGAGAUCGUCGUGCGACAGAGUCACGCGACUUAUCACAAUUCAACAUUGACAACAAAUACGGUCGUAGUGCAUUAGAGGCUGUGAUGAAGACAUUAAUGGGCUAUGAGAAGGCGAUGGUGCCACCGCCAGUCGACUACAAAGGCGACUUCUUCAGGGAUAUUGCUGGUGCACUCGUUGGUGUUGGCUUGAUUGUGAACAGCGAAACAAGUCCCGGUGUUCUCAGCUUGGAUAAAGAUUACAACAGCAUCAGUAAAUUUUUGAAUAGAAUUCUUGGAAUGCCAGUUGAAUUACAAAAUCGUUUAUUCAAAUAUUUCACUGAUACACUGGCAGCAAUUAUUGGAAAAGAGAAAAGAAUGGGACGAUUUGAUUUGGGAAUUCUUGAUCUCGGUGCUGGCGGUCAGAAUGUUAAAAGAAUUCGUCAUAUAAUUUUCUUGAGAAAGCAUUCAACUGGAAUUGCGCCAAUUGAAUUGCAAACAGUUCAUGUCGAACGUGGGAUGAUUUGGCAAGAAGCGAUGGAGAAAUGGGCAGAUUUAGAUGGUGAAAAAGAAGGAUUUUAUUUGUCACAUCAAGUUAGAAAUGGAAGUUACACAGCAAUUCUUGCAAUUGCUGUUGAGAAUCGACAAAACAAUGUCUUACUAGGAACAGCAACAAAGAAAGUUAAAGCAGAAAAAAAGAAAGACCAAAUGUUUCAAAUUUAUCGACCAAAUACCGGACUACAAGUUCGUCUCGAAUCAUUAGCUGAUCUCGAGAAGAAAUAUAAGAAAGUUGACAGUAGUGAAGCAGAUAAGCAUUGGAUCAAGCAAUAUGACGCUUCUGUGAAUACUUGUUCGCAUACAUUUUGGAGUGGAACGUGUCGUCAUGUCACAAUGGGAUAUGAAUGCGAGGUUGGAUUACGUCGCCGAACGUACUCGAUUUUAUCUGGCUCCGUCUUGUCAGUUUGGGGUCGUGUUGAAAAUAUUCUCUCACGAUAUGGAAGCUCUGGGCAUAAUAAGAUGCAAGUGAUUCGUCUGAAGACGCAAGAAGGGAAGAAGAUUGUGGGCACAGUCAUACCAAAGAAUUGCGUUGAACUUAUUCGACAAGACUUAAGCUCAGAUGCGGAGAAGGUUGAAGAAGUGAAAGUAGAGUAAGAUGGACAAGUUGAGUUAGGUUUCCUAAUUUUCCUUUUUUUUAAUUCCUUUUUGUCAUGUUUUAUGAAAAUUCCUUUGUAUCAACUUCUGAUAAAAAUAUGAAGGAGAAAGUUCAGUUACUAAUUAAUUAAUGAGACUUGUCACUUGUACUGAAUAUUCAUUUCUAAGGAAAAUGUACAUUAAAUUAAAAUGUUUCAUUGUCAGUCGUCACUACAUAAGUUUCUUGGUAGCUUAUAAGGGCUGAAAGUUUCUUGAGAUAUCAAAUUCAUCUCACAGUUCGAAAUAAAUUUAAUCUUCACAGUUCAUACAUUUUCCAUAAACAUUCAUGUAACAAUCCAAAAA